UGAUCACUUGAACACAACACAACACAACACAACACAACACACUUGGUUCGUUGAAAUUAAAAAUCGUCAACUGCGUUUGUCCCCAACAGCGUUAUUUAUUCAGCUUCGUCGUCCUCUUCUUGUUCUUCAUCUCCGAAUUUCCGAGAAGAAAAAAGAAAGAUGGGAUUGUCGUUGAUUCAUGUAUUGUUGUUUGCGUUAAUUGGGGUCUUCUGGAACUUGAAAGCCUCUGAGGGUAUCAGAUUCGUCAUCGAUAGAGACGAGUGUUUCUCCCACGAUGUCAAGUACGAGGGUGACACUGUCCAUAUUUCCUUCGUUGUUAUUAAGGCUGAUUCUCCAUGGCAUUACGGUGAUGAAGGUGUCGAUCUCGUGGUAAAAGGACCUGCUGGUGAACAAAUUCACGAUUUUCGUGACAAGACCAGUGAAAAGUUUGAAUUUGUGGCUCACAAAUCAGGAGUUCACAAAUUCUGCUUCACAAACAAGUCUCCAUAUCAUGAAACUAUUGAUUUUGAUGUACAUGUGGGUCACUUCUCUUACUACGAGCAGCAUGCAAAAGAUGAGCAUUUCACACCUUUGCUGGAGCAGAUAGCAAAGUUGGAGGAAGCUCUUUACAACAUUCAGUUUGAACAACAUUGGUUAGAGGCUCAAACUGACCGCCAAGCAAUAGUGAAUGAUGCAAUGAGCCGAAGAGCAAUACAUAAGGCACUUUUUGAAUCAGCAGCAUUAAUUGGCGCUAGUGCACUUCAAGUUUACCUUCUGCAGCGCUUGUUUGAGCGCAAGCUGGGAACCUCUAGAGUUUAGAGUUAGAAAAUGUACUGGGAACCUGUAACAGUAGAAAUCAGAAAGUUAUUUAUAAACUUUUGUUUCUUUUACUUUUUUGGUUAUCAUUACGUGGAUAUUUAUUUGAUUACUAUUUCGCUUUACUCAUGAUACCUGUGGAAAGAUGUUAUUUAUUGUUAAAUUACGGUUUCAUUUGGAGUAAAAAGGGUUACAAUUGACUGAUUUUGUAGGUCAA